GCCGUUGCACCCGACUCAAGAGAUGCAUGGCUCACAGGGUUAUACCUAAUAAAUGAAACUUGAUAUGCAGAAUGUAACUGGUGCUGGCACACUACUUUGGGAUUACACGUAGAGUAUAAAUACAGGAUACAUCGCUCCCUCACCCCACUUCGAAAAUUUGGCAGGAUCGUCUUAAAAAAAAGAUUGGAGAGUCGGGCUUUCCUGGGUAAAGUGUAGUCAUACUUCUUUCGCACAGUAAGUUGCCAACCGUGCUGAUCGGAGGUGCGUGGAGAAGGACAAAAACUAAACGUAAAAGGCAUUUUUUUAAAAGAAGUUGGUUUCAAUCUAAUAAUCAUGUACAGUACACGUGACUGCACAUUCAGAGUUAUGCGUAACCACGACAACUGUGUGAGAAAUUGUCGUGCGUUCGACACAAUCCGCUGGGGACUCGGUCGGACCGGUCCCGCGAGAAGGGCGCGGACCUUUUUUUUUCCCCUGGCACCCCGUGCAGCCUCUUCAUUGCAGCAACGGCGAAGCGGGUGGGCCUAUACAACCAUGGCGGGGCGAAUGUUGGGCUCCCUGUUCAAGCUGGCGUCUUCUCUCAGAGACUAUAUCCCGAGUCUCGUCACGGGCGUGCUCAUGCCCGUGAUGAUCGCGUGCGCUCAGCCCCUGUUCGGCCUCUUCGCCUUCCACUGCCCCUGCACGUCGCCAGAAAACUGGAGCUACACGCUCUGGGCACUGGCGGCGCCGUUCGGAGUCGUCUCAGUCGUGGGCUUCACGAUUCAACUGUGCACCACCCUCAGAGCCGCGGAGACCCUGGCAAGGAAGUACGGCUGCGACAACUGCUGCUGCCGGUUCGUGUUCUUCGUCGGCGCGUCCCUGUUCAGGAACGUGACGUUCAUGUUCGCCGCGAUGGCGUGGCCCAUCCUGGCGCUCUUCGACGGCAGCUACGUCGUCUGCGGCGGCACCGAGGUCCUGGACUGGACUCGCUUUCCCGCGCUGGGAAACUUGAGCCACCUGGGCGAGAAGCAGAGGCGGAACAUGCUGGCCCGAGUCCCCUGCAAGGAGCUCAAGGAGCCGUUCCCGGGGCUCGUAACCAACGAGACUCACGACGACAUUCGCGAGCAAAUCGUCUUGUUCCUGCGCGCAUCUUCACAGGAUAAAGCUUGGAUUUUAACAUUUGUUAUUGCUGGGGAUUUUCUCCUCAUGUUUCUUGCGACGAAACUGAUUUUCAAGGAUCGCUCCACGUUGCUCAAGUCAGAGUAUGAGCGAUACGAGGCUCAGUUCAUCAAUGAGAAGACGAAGGAACUUGCAAAGACUAUAGCCGAGAGGAACGUUUCUCACCUGUUUGACGUUCUCUCUCGCAUCAGAGCUGGCCAGGACACCUGGGUUAUAAUCCCCUCUGAGCUUCAAUAUGUGGACAAUGGCGAAGACUGCAGCGACCUCGACUCAUGGUUGAGGAGUUCAGGGCGCGGCCCACGGAGAGGGGAAGCUGAGGUUGGGUAUACACCUCUGCUGCCCGACAUCGGUGAGGAGUCUGGCUAAAGGUGCCGAGAGCGACUCCUAGCACUCCCCACCUCUUAGUGUGGCCCAUCUCCUAGUGUAAAGCCCCACCUCCUUGGGUGGCCCUACCUCCUCCUGUGGCAUUACUUUACUGUGAAGGAUAGGGAUGAUUGACUGAGCUGCUCUUUAGUUGCGAGCGUAAUGUGACUGCACUCUCACUGUGUGCGAUUGACACGCAUCUUUAACGUGUAAUAAUAUGCAGAGCCGCAGGGUUUUACUGCCUAGUAAUGAGCCAACUAAUGCAGAGUGUAAUAGAGAAGUAACUCACCAAGCGAUAUGGAUUGCAAUCAUGUGAUGUUGAACAAAAUGUGUUUACAUGCUGGGUCACAUUAUUCAGGGGAUUGAGUAUCUCUUGGAAAUCGCAGGCCUCAAUCUAGGAAUCUAGGAAAUGAAAAUGGAGAAGCACACAUGGUCAUUUUAGCAAUGAGAUUAUUUCUAUUCCAACGGACAAGCCGCAGAUAACUUUUUUUUAUUAGGUUAGAUCACAAAAUAAAAAUCUGUUGUAAACUCUCGUCCACAUGACACAGCCAAUGUAUAAAGUUGUCAUGUUUAUUACUGCCAUAGCAAACAGGUGCGUUAAAGAGUAUAUGGAGAGUAAUCUGACAACAUUUCAAUGGGUACAAAAUGUCGCUGAUAUUUACAACCAGCAUCAUCAGGCAGUUGCUAGUAUUGUGAAAAUGUCAUCCAGCCUUUAGCCUUAAAUAGGGAAUUUGAUUCCAUCAAUGUGCAUCUACAAUGAAGCAGGAAGUAUUACAUAGAUGUGAAUAUUUCCAUGUUUUAUUGUAGCUUACAAGAAAUGUUCGAUAUGCCACAAGCAAGUACUCCAAUAAACGCCUUCUGUUAUGAG